AUGGCAGAAGGCCAGCAGCAGCAACAGCAGCAGCAGACGUCGUUGCAGAGUCAGAAGGUGUCUGAUAUCAUUCGUAGCUAUCGUCCUACAAAGGCCUUCAAAACGUCAAAGAAUGAGCCCACCAACUACGUAACAUCUCUGGAUUUCGAUGACCAGGGUGACUACCUCGUUGCGGCCGGCGACGAUGAGACAAUCCAGGUUUUUGACAUCAAGGAGGGUAAAUCCUCAAAAACUGUUCCUAGCAAGAAAUACGGUGUUCAUCUAGCUCGGUUCACACAUCACUCUCGCCAGGUCCUUCACGCAAGUACCAAGGUCGAUGAUUCGCUACGAUUGCUCGACCUCCACAAUGAGGGUUACGUGCGGUAUUUCUCCGGCCAUACAGACAAAGUGACUUCCUUGGCUCUCUCUCCUGGUAACGACGCCUUCAUCUCGUGUUCCAAGGACAAUACCGUUUCGCUCUGGGACCUCAAUUCGAGAAACGUACAGGGUAAAUUGAAUCUCGCAACACCGUAUCUGGUUGCAUUCGACCCCUCCGCCUCUGUGAUCGCUAUUGCGUCCCAGUCAACCGCAUCCGUACUCCUUUAUGAUUUCCGCAAUUACGACAAGGCGCCGUUCUCGACCUUCGACCUGGCUCCUUAUGAAGAAAGAUACACUCCCUCUACCCGGGGUAGAGCAUGGACUCGCCUGGAGUUCUCUAAUGAUGGAAAACACCUACUGGUUGGAACGGACUUUCAUGGUCAUUUUCUCCUCGAUGCCUUUGACGGCGUUGUGAAGGCCUUUUUGGUUGGUAAGAAUGGAUCAUCGGGAAGAGCUGCCCCGGUUUCGACAACUGGGAAGCCUGUCGGCCAAGGGGAUGCCUGCUUCACACCAGACGGACGAUAUGUCAUUGGAGGAUCAGGCGAUCAGCCUGAUAUUCUCAUGUGGGAUACACAACAGCCUCCGGAUUCAAACCUCUUUUUGCAGCCCAUGGGCAGGUCAUCUCACCGUGGCCGCACUGCCCUUAUCGAGUACAAUCCGAGAUACAAUAUGAUUGCUACGGCUGACAAGGAGAUUGUCUUCUGGCUUCCUGAAGAUAGCUCUAAACCGGCUGAUAAAUAA